AUGCCUCUCCUUAAAGAAGAGUUGGACCGCGUAGCCCAACAGUGGAAUUUGCAUAUGAUUCAUCAGUCUACAAAUGAACAAUCGCCUAGUGGAUGCCCAGACACGAUCUUCUUUAUCCCUGAAGCAUUCGAUUCCACGUCAUAUUUACAAGAUGUCGACCCGCUGGAUUUAGUAGUAGCGAAAGAUACAUGUUGUGAAAUUCCCCAAUAUGCUUCCUUGGAAAGGUUUUCCGAACUUGCUCAAAUAAUAAUGAGUGAGAACAACAUCGAAUCACCAGGGACUGAUAUCAACAAGGUUGAACGGUUAUAUAUCAAUCUAAUCGGACAUAUACAAGAUAUCAAUCUUGUUUAA